UUUUGACGAAACCGCUGUAAUCGGAUUUUGUACGAGUUUCUGUUAGAAGCGAGCAAGAAGAAAGCAACUGGUUUGCACAAGCUUGUUAAACAGAUAUUGGAUAUUGGAUUGUAGAAUUUAUUUCAGAUAUGUCUGAUGGCUUCUUUUGUUUAUGUAAAAAUAGUAAAGAUUAUCUUUUCUGUUAGAUAAACGUAAGUUUCUUUGCAUGGUUACUUCUCUUACUGGUGUAUAAAUAUAUAAUAAUGAGUAACUGAUCAUUUACACCGUGGUGUUUUUUUUUACAUAUUUUAUGGAAUUUCCUCGAUAUCUUACUGCAGGUUAAGGGAACUAUAAAUUCGUAAGAUAAAAUUGUAUAGUGGAUAUAGUGGUUGUUUUGAAAUGUUAUGUUGUAGUUCUAGAAAAAUUUAUCAAAGCUUCGCACAGGAAACUUCAUGGGAGGUGACAACCUUUUCACCCUGUUUGUUGAUAUAAUGUGCUGUUGCUCUAUGUUGUUCACUCUGCAGCUUGUUUCAAUACUUCUUACAAAAUCGGGAAUUCAUGCAAAAGUAGAAGCGUCCCCUUUUCUUUCUAGUUUUCAGAGGCAAAAACCGAAGUGCUAGCAACCUAUAUCACCUCUGCCAAUAUCGUCAAAAGCAAUCGAAGGCUUGAUUACUGACCACAUCAGGGAAUACUUCGACACAAAAGGGUGACUAGGUGAUGUUCAACACGCCUUCUGACAGCGUCAGUCCUGCUUUCUAGUCCAUCUGGCAGCAUAUGACAAUUAAAAAGAAUGCUAGGACUUCCAGAUACUCGUUCAUGCAAUUUUUCUUUGAUUUUGUUGAGGUCUUCAACAUCUAACAUGCUAUUCGCAUGUGCAAAACAGCAAGGUUGGGCACCAAUGAUCGGAGGUUGUCCUGGAUUGUGGAAUAUUUAGACAGUAAGUUGUUUUGCACAAAAGUCAGCAAUUUCGCUCACUUUGGAAAGCAUCAUUCAGUGUAUCACAGGGAGCGAAGUUUCUUCUCUUGGUGUUCUUAAUCUUUUUGUUAUGACACUAUCAAGUUUCAGCUCCCUAAUUUAACUUUACGCUGAUGACGUUAUGUUAAGGAGAGCUGUGACAUCUAAAAGAAUCGAGCGUACUAAAAGACAACCUCAGAGUGCUCAAAGGGUGGCUGGAAAACAGUGGAUCAAAAUUUAACUUGUAUAAGUGCAGGACCAUGUUUCUUAGAACUCUCAACCCGCAGAAAACGUUCUGCUCUUUCUUUAGUAAGUACUUUUCUGACACGACCAAGAAGAAAGACCUAGGAUUAAUGCUCACUAACAAACUAGACACCAGUUGCAAUUACCUAACGAAUGCCUUCCUAGCUUGCUCAGUGCUACACUUUAUGUGGAGAAAACUAGAUACCGUUACCCCGGGACUCUUUCUGAAACCUUAGGAGACCCAAAUAGUACCUCACUUAGUGGUUUUAUAAUGUCAUCGGACUACCAUAACCAAAAAUAGAUGCAAACACCCUGGAGAAAGGUUGUUGUUGGAAUGUGUCAAAAAACACGAAGAUAGACUGAAGGAUCUAGAUCUUUACUCUCUUAGUUGCCGUAGUUUAUGUGGUGACUUGAUAACGGUCUAUACGAUACUAAGGGAUCUAAGUCACUAAGAUAGUGAAAUUUUACUGAACGAUCGUAAUUGCGAACUUCAUGGGAACUCUGAGAGAACUGAUCAUCAAAGGGGGGAAAACCUGUUUGGUUUCACACUUUUCUCUUUCAUCAUUCGUUCACUCGAAAUCAUUGGAUGCUGAGCUUACCACUACCUAAUCUGUCGACAACUUUAAGAAACGUUUGGACAGUUACGCAGUGAUAAAUGGCUUACGCCCACCCAUUUAAUAUACGGACUAGGUCGAAAAAGCCAUCCGAUCCCGCAUCGUUCCAACCCAGUUAUCUCCAUGCUGGCUCUCUUAAGCUGCCACUGUUAUUAUAAACUAGAUUCAACUUCAUAUAUCUCACCUCUCCAGUUACCAUACCGUAACUAAUUUCAUUACUACUUCUGUUCCUACUAUCCCUAUUAUAAUCUCACCUAAUCCCUUCCAUCCAACUGAAUUCCUGUGAUUGUAUCAUAUUUAUUAAGGUUAUUCUUAUCACUUUUCAUACCCGUCUUCCACUAAUUUACCUAGAUUUAUCCUUUCGUCUCGUCUCACUUCUGAUCCUUUUGUUUUUCCCACUUAUCCCUCCUUUAUUUUCCGCAGUUAUUUUUUCACUUUACUUAUCCUGCUCUUACAACCAGUCUGAACAACUAUCUGGUGAUACGACAUCAGCGGAAUCCAGGACAAAUCAUACACCUCUCUACAAAUUUAGCUCAUACUCAACCAUCCGUUGAAUUUGUCGCAGUUACAGUAGGCGGGUGGGUGGAUCUACUCCGUCGGAAUCCGCCGAAGACCUGGAACCGUUCCCCACUACCUAGGACCAAAUAGGAAAAAACCAACCGGUUUAUAAAAGCCCGUAUAAAAGAUAUUGAAUAUCUAUGAGUAGAAUAGUGGUAGUUGGUGGCAAUCAGCUAGUUUGAAGUGAUUUUUUAGUAGAAUCGUCCAUAUGAGACUCGACGGAGAACCGGAAAUCAUUCCGCAGAACGUUUAUACUAUUCAGAGCCAUCACUAAGUAUUGAGAAGCGCUUUGGGGGUACUUUCUGCAUUUUAGAUGCAUUUUCAGUACCAAAAACUGAGUUCCUACAUAAAAAUUCAUAUAUUAAAGGGAUGAUCAGGGUAAAAAUCAUUUUUAGACAAAACGGAAACCCAAAGGUACUGUUUUAUUUAAAUCAUUGGUUUGAACUUUCAACUCAUGUUGACCCUCUCAGUAAUUAUUUUAAUGAAGAUACGGCUUUUUCCUGAACUUGUUUACCGAAGACGCUGCCGGUAAUAAACUCGUAUUUUUGUAUACUUUAUGGAAGAACCGGUGCUCCACCCCUAAAUGGUUCGAUCACGGAUUUGUGGUCCUUUGUUGAUUGCCUUUAAGCUGAUCAGUCAUAGAAGGUGUACCCAGAUAAGAUCAAUAAUUAUUCAAGUCAUUAUUCAAUAAACGAAAGGCUACAAUCAGGUCAUCUCUUCUUCUACAAUAAGACAAAGGAAAAACAGGUAGUGCUGCUAAUGGUUCUUGGUAAAAGAGGUGUGUAAAACGCUUCACCAGCUUAGGAAAAUCAUUUGGAUCACUUUUAAUUUAUUAGUCUACUUUUUGAAGCAAGGACUUGCUGGGUGAGUACAGUACUCUAAAUGAGAUCUUGAACAAGUCGGUAAUAGGAUCUCAACCACAUAUUUAUCUAAGCUCUUGAACAGUUUACGAAGCAGCCAAAACAUUUUACAUGCUUUAGCUGCAGAAGUAUUGCGAUUUCCAGUCGUCUUUAGGUUUUGACUUACAGUAUCAUUUACGACAUUUUGUUGUAAAACCUGGGAUGGUUUUAGGUGAUUCAUUGAGUAUCACAUAUGGUAACCACUUUGAGUGUUUAUCUCAACACUUACUGGAAUCGAUUUCCAAGCUUCAUAUCUUAUACCAUUCAAUCAGUUCACCAUAGUUCUUCUGGAUUUCAGACCUGUCGUCCUCAUCAUGAAUAUCCACCUAUCUGGACAUCAUCAGCGAAUAUCAAAGACAACUUGAGCACCUUUGUGGUUUCAUCAGUGUAGAAGUAGAAUAGUGGUGCUUCAAGUAUAAUACCCUGAGGAAUAUCAGUGGUAAAAGACUGCCUUUCUGGAUGCAUUCAUUUUACUCUUGCUCUUUGCCUUGUCUUGUAAAUAUUCUUUAAUCUAUGCUUGAACUGCCAUAUUUAUACUGAGUUUAUGAAACUUCUUCACCAUCACUGAAUGAUAGUUUAUCAAAAGCCUUGCAAAAGUCAGUGCACACCACGUCUAAAAGAAGCUUAUUGUCAUUAGCCUUAAAUCAGUCCUCUCUCUCUUGAAGUUAGUUUUUAAAGACCAGCAUCCAGUUUGAAGGCCUUAUUACCGCUACGUGAGUAGAUUAUGUUUCUCUAAAUGCUUCAGUUUUGUAUCUCAUGGUAUCUUUUCCAAGGCUUUUACCACGAUGUUAAUAAGACUAUCUGGUUGGUUGUCUAUUAUCCCCAUUUAACAAAGAACUAUCUAUUGCAUCCUUCUAAUGGCCGAGAACCUGCUUCUGAAAUAAGAUGGUGUUAAAUAACAUAUCUGGAGGUGCAUCAACAAUAUCAGUCAACAUUUUAAAGUGGACCCUGUUUGAAUUCAGUCACUCCACAAGGUUUAUUUGAAAACGUAUCUCUCUGGAGAUUUCAACCGAUUCCAUUUGGGGAGCGUUAGUAAUGAUAUCAGUGUCCAGAGUCCUACCGAAAUUUUCAGUGGAAAAGACUGCACCGAUUUGAGAUCGCUCCUCAUGUUAUGGUGAAACGGUAUAAAGAGAUCGAGGGGAACCAAUCAUCCUAUGUAAGCAUGGUUUCAAGGCCAUUGUCAGUCUUAGUUCUAAUCCUGUAACCUCAUCUUAAUAUUCAAUUUGUAUUCAUAGGAUGAGGUAGUUGUUUGAAUUCCAUGCUAUAAAAUAAGUUACAUGGUAGGCAUGGAGUCAUAAAUAUAUACUCAUCAAGGCUCCGUAAGGUGUUUUAAUUUUACUGCAACAGUCUGAAAAUUUUAGUUGUCAUCGUCCUAUAGGUUGCUGAAAUCUUUACAUCAUUAUAUUCAAAUAAUCUAGACAGAAUCGUGUUAGUGGGAGAUCAUUCAUGCAGAUAAUUUUGACUUACUUGCACGACUAUGCUCUUAUUACCCUUUAUUAUUAGGAACUAACUCAUAGACUAAUCCUACAGUGUAUCAAGUUUAUGGUGUAAGGUUUGUCAAUCUGGUUUCUAUUGUUCAGUUUUCAAGAGUGUGAACUCGUCGUUGAACAUGAGAAAGAAAGAAGUAACCUUAGUUUAUAAAUUGAUAAUAUGUAGUAAAAAUAGAAGUGGUUCUUAGAUAGUAAGCACUGAAGCGUUACCUAGUUCUAUUAGCAAGUAAAGCUAGUCAACCCGGAAUCUCUAUCCUUGGUGAAAAACAAAGUCUAUAUUGCAGUUCUUAUUCUUACCAUUAGUUGUAAAGUUCCUCCGGCUCUUCAUAAAAUUCAGAUAGGAGACAUUAUGAAAAGCUUUUACUGAGAUCAGUUAUAAAUAAGUUUAUUCAUUCAUACCAUCGGUGCGAUGUCAGACCUGUUUUACCUUUCAUAAGUUACCAACUUAGAUUGGUUAUCCUAAAUAACCCAAAUACCCUGGUAUGCCGUCACAACCUUUGUCAGAGAAGGCAUUUUCACUGCCUGCACGUGGCGGGGGGAUUUCCCACAGAAGUGAAAGAGCAAAAACUAAUAUCCGGGGCUUAUCACCGGAUUGAUAGGUACUGAUGGUUCACUUAGGGAUGUUGGUGAUCCUGAUUCGAAACCAAUAGUGUACAUGAGCUCCAGGGUUUAGGUGGAACGGAUGGCGUAUGAACCUAUUGUGGUCACUAGCAACCAUGGGACUGUUGUUGGUUCGCUACCUUGUAGAUUAAGCUUUAGGUCAAUGGCUCGGGAAGUGGUCCCUUAAAACAACCACCUACUUCAGUCUUGGCGCCCGGGUAGUAUUUCAGGACUCACAUAAAACGUAAAAUUACGAUGUAAAAAUGAAGAUUUUGAAGCGCCAACCGAAAUUUUCAGGGAAUGUUCAAACCUUUUACACCACAAACACUAUAAAUAAUUUUUCAACUUACUGUUAUUAUAUUGUUUUUGUUGUUCUGAGAUAUGAACUGUAUUUUUUUAUGGUUACUAUUUUCUCUGUUGUCUUUAUCUUCACUUCACUCAGCUGCUACGUAUUGCUCAGACUUCUGAUCUAUCUGGACCGUUUUGAGUCGCUGAACAGUUACCUCCAUAAAGAUAUCCUCCAGUGUGACAUCUGAAACAGCUAUCCUGAAACCUCGUGUGUCAUUUAAACUCUCCACCUUCAACGUCUGUGUCUUGAUGCUGGAACUCUGGAAGGCCUCGUUAAUGAUGUAUACUGCAUCUUAGAGACCCGUAUACAAGAUCCUUAAUGAAGUGCUUCGAAUUAGUUAUCCAUAUGUCACCUCGAAAUGUAUGCUUUAUGUUGGUUGUUUGACUCUUUCUCCAUGGAUGUUUUAGUCAGCAGAAAAAUGCCGGAAAGCUGGAAACCCAAGUGUACAGGAAGCCAACACACACUAACCAAAUCCUCAACUACAACAGCAACAACCCAACAACACACAAAAUCAGUUGCGUGCAGACUCUAUUCAGAAGAGCGAGAACACACUGCAGCACAACAACUUCACGGAGGAAGGAAGAAAAUUACCUGAUGUUCACCCUAAAGAAGAACGGCUACCCACGAAACUUUAUCAGGAGAUGCCUAUCCCGUGCAUCACCAACUAGAAGGUCAUCCACAGAAAUCAACAAACGCAAAAUAAAGAAAAUAUCAGAAAUCACAACAAGAUUGCUGAGACCACUUGGAAUUGGUGUGGCUCAUAAACCAACAAAUUCCCUCCAAACACUAUUAUGCAGACCAAAGGAUGCAACAAACAAAGAAGACAAACCGAAUAUCAUUUACAAAAUCAACUGCAAUAACUGUAGUCAGCACUACAUUGGACAAAGUGGUUGCCCUCUUCGCCUACGUCUACAUGAGCACCGUUUAGCUAUUAAACACCACGACAUUUCGUCACUCAUUUCAAUGCAUGUAGAUAAUUAUGGACAUGAAUUCAAUUUCGACAAUGUAGAAAUUUUGGACAGAGGAAACACAAAGAAUAUCAGAGAAUUCCUAGAAGCUUGGCAUUCAGGUCAGUCAGCAAUCAAUAGAUGUAUACACAUAGACCCGAUCUAUCAACCAAUAAGAAAAAUGAUAAACGACAGAAAGGUCAGAGGUGAAGCAGAGGAACAGCCAACAGGAAAGUCUAUACAAUCAAUGACACAACAAUCAAAGGAAACAACCAAUCACAGACCACAUCGUCAGAGUAAGCUACUAAAUCACUCACUGACGGAGAGAUAUUGA